UGCCAACCCUGCCUACCCUGUCUACCUGACUUUAGCUCCACUAAACAUGCAUUUACGCAUGCAUCUUAAGCCGGCUUGGGGUUGGUUAACCAGUGCAAUACCCAGUCAAAACGUCACUUUUGUUCUGCAUACUGCACACACUCUCAGCACUCCUAGCCUGGGGGCCCAGACGGCCUACUACCUUAUCGACCCUUAUGUAUCUAACACAUACUACAUCCAUACAUCCAUCCUACAUAGAACUAGAACAAAGCAAACUGCCAACCAUUGCCCGAGCUGUCGUCAGUUUCUUUUCCCAAUCCCCUCCUCCGUCAGAGGCUCUGACCCGAGACUUCGGUUCCAUCUUUCCACACUUCCAUCUUUUCCUCUUCAAUGUUGCUGGCCCAGUGCCUGCCCGAUGAGGAGAUCCGACUUUCCAUCCUUUCUACUGUUGAUCUGACUUAGUCACUAUAGUUUUGAUCUCUGAUAAAUAACUGAACAGCCUUUCCCCUGGGACGCGCACAUUCCGGAAGGUGACGAUCCGUGCUCUCUUAGUUGCAGGCAGCCAUGCAGCGGGUUUCCGCACUCCUCCCGUGGGAUCGCAGCAGGACGAGCACCGGCGUCAAUGGUAGUACCAAUACCAACACUAAUACCAAUACAAAUGGCCAUGUCAAAAAGAACAGCGUCGACAUCGUCCGAGGCUGGGCCGACAAGAUCCCCUCUCCCGUCAACCGCCUGAGCACCUCGAGACUGAGUAGAGAUGCCUUCUUACCCACCACUUUGGAUAAGGAAUGCGAAAAGGCCGCUCGCAUUAUCAAGUCUUUUUGCAGCGAUGGCUUCUCAACUCCAGACGACCGACCGGGGAGUCCGUCGACCUAUUCGAGCUCCCACUCGUCGCAUAGACUGUUAAAGAAGAUACCUCCGAGGAUAAUACAGAAUGCCGUUGGGCUCGCAAUUUUUACCUCGAUGCGAUCUGGAAUAUGGAAUUCCGGUUCCGGCUCCGGUGGUAGCGGCGUCUUAAUCGCGCGCAAAGCAGAUGGGACGUGGUCUCCGCCAUCCGGUCUGAUGCUUCAGACUGCUAGUUUACGAUUCGUCUUCGGGGUCGACAUCUACGACUGCGUCCUUGUUAUCAAUAAUUUCACCGUCCUUGAGGCUUUCGCUAGACCUAGAAUGACGCUUGGUACCGAUGUCAGUCUGACAGCUGGUCCUCUUGUGGCUCUCGGGUUACUUGAAAACGACGUUACGUGGGCCGAUCUAAGCGACCGGGCCAUCACGUAUAUCAAAGCGAGGGGCCAGAGUGCGGAAGUCAAGUUGGAAGGUAUAGUCGUAAGCGAGCGAGCCGACGAAAAUGAACGUUUCUAUGGGAUGAAAAUAAGUGUUGCCAAGAUCCUAGCAGGCGAUAUCAACCAAAGCAUGCCCCAGACUCGAUCUCUAACUGAGGUUCUCAAGGCUGCCGAAGGGAGAACCGACUAUGAUACGGCCCUUGUCGAACAACUUGCAUCGCAGGCGCCGGGAGAUGCGACGAUCGAAUCACCGAAGACGGCAGGCCCAUCGCCGGCAUUCGGUGUCCCCGACUUGGAAGAUCCGGAUCCUUUUGGUGUUUUGGCUCUCGAGAUGGCCGGGAUGGGUAUUCGUGAGGCUGGCACACGACUAAGGCCCGACAGCACGCAAUUUGAAUAUAACCCUAGCCCGACGAGUCCAUUCUUCCCCAGAGCUGGUCGCCAAAGCGUUGACACUUUUCUAUCACGAAGCAAUAGAGGCAGUUAUAUGUCCAACAAAACGAUGGCCACUGAACGGAGCCAGAUGACCGAUGCGGGUACCCAAACAUAUUUUGCGACACCCCAGACUACACCUGGCUCAAGCCAAAGCCAAAGCGAGGAUGGGAACCAACCACAAACGAUUGAAGAUAUCUUAGAAGUGAAAGAACCGGUAGAAGUCGACUAUACUAAAAUCGACAUUAGUGCUUUGAGGAAGCUAUCGAAUUUCCCAGACUUGGAUGACGAGCCAAUAACCACCAUCGCAAUUAAAGGGGAAGACCGGGACCUAAACGUCGAAGCUAGCGAGGAUAAGAGAAAGAGCAUAGGAACACAUACUGAAGCUAUUAAUACUAAUACAGCCGACGAGGUUUCGGACGAUAACCAUAGUAAUGAUGGAGAUGACGAGGAGGAUGAAAAUGAGGAAGAAGCAGAGGAGGGCGAAGAAGAUGGUUCCGAUGAAGAGGAAGAAGAAGAAGAAGCCGUAGUUUAUGAAGUGGCCACGGCUCAAGCUCCAGCUCGAGUUGUAGUAGGAGCUUCCCGAGUCAAUAUCCCUGUAAGGAUACCACCACCGCUUCCAGCCAGGAAUCCGGGUCGUUCAUCUCGUACACGAAGUCAGAUGGGCGAUGUCGGCGGCUUAGUGAGUAGCCCAUUGAGACAGGAAUUUGAGCUUGAAGCCGAUGUCGACGAAGCAACGACGCCUAAAGCUAAGGAUAACACCGACAAGCUUGCGGAUAUAGCAAAUGAACCCCCAACAGAAAAGGUGGAGAAAGCAGCAGCCGUAUCUGUUGAGGAUGAAGAAACUAAAAAUAUUGAGAACUCGGUGACUCCGACUCGAGAAUCAGCAAGCGUCGAGGGCCAGCUUGCCAAGAUCAGUGAUCGAUCUUCCUUCAAAGAGGAGACCAUCGUCGACCUGUCGCCAGAAGCACAGCGGCACAGUAGCUUACAGGCAAGCCCCGACCGAUCUGUCUCUGUCGCGUAAGGGAUAACAGUGAGGUAUUCAACAUUUCUUUAGUUCAUGAUUACGGCACGUUUGGAGUUCUAGGAACAUCAUAGGGACGGCUAAUGGGAGGAUGAGAUACCAAUAUGUCAAGGAAUGGCCGGGUUAUAGGCAUGUGGGACUAUCUUGCACGAAACUUCACACGUGGGGACGAGCAUUAGAAGAGCGCGUUGAGGAUGAAAUGGAUGUUCUCAAGCUCGAGCACGACAAUACCCUUGAUAUGUAUUUUUAUUGUU